CUGUGUGUGUGUACACCCAGUGUGUGUGUGCGUGCGUGUGUGUACACCGAUGGUGUAUGUGUGUGUGUUAGUGUGUGCGUGUGUUGUGUGUGUACUGGGAGUGAUGGUGUGUGAUAGUGAGGAGUGGAGGAGCAGCGGGAGACUUAUUUGACGGGACUAUGUUUCUUCACGUCAGCGGGCGGCGGAGAUGGUUGACGGCAACAUGGAGAUAGUUCACGAGGGUAUGCUCAAGAAAUCGCCGCCCCCCAAGAGGCUGUGGAGGGCUAAAUGGCGCACACGGUGGUUUGUGCUACGAUCUGGAGAAUUACCAGGUCAAUACUUCUUGGAGUACUACACAGACAGCACCCGGCGAAAGCUGAAGGGUAAAAUUGAUCUAGACCAGUGUGAUCAGGUUGAUGCUGGCAUAACUUUUGCUAAUCGAAAGUCUGAAUAUAAGUACAUGUUUGAUAUCAAGACACCCAAAAGAGUUUAUUACCUAUGUGCAGAAACAGAACAGGAGAUGAACCGAUGGGUAGACUGUGUAUGCCAUGUAUGCGGUCUAAAGAUUUAUACUCAAGAAGACGAGUACCCAUUGCCCUUUGAUCACAUGCCAACAACUCCCUCAGCCACACCCCCGGCUCUUCAUAGUUUGUCUCUAGAACAGCCCCUAGAUUCCCCUCCCCAGUCACCAUCGUCUCCUGGUUCAUCUAUAUCUGGGCCAUAUAUUCCCAUUAGUACAUGUUUCACUGGGAAAAGAACACCCAACACAAAUUCUAGUUUUCCAUUUAGUGAUGAUAUUCCACCAUUAGGGGCUUUAGAAAAUCAUCGUUCUAGCAUACCCAAUGAAAUGGCUCCUCCAGCACCUAUAAUGUGCCAUGAUAGUCAGCCACCAUUAACACAGGCACCCCCUGCUCCUACAAUAAACACAGGAGCCAUACCACGUGAAUCAUACGAUAGUCACCGGCAGUUGCGCCCCUCUGGAACGACAUCCGAAGAUACUUUAAGUAUAAAAUCACCACUGGGAACAGAUGGAGGCAGUGUUUUCAGUGAUGAUGACUGGGGUAGUACUCCACUUAAGGUUGAAGCAAAAUUCUUCAGUGAAGGAGCAAGACCUAUAGGUGGAUUACAGAACACUAGGGACACCUUUUGUAAAGAUGGACAGUGGGAUGGCUCGGGAACUAAAGGGGGAUUAUCACCUGGGGUUGGUAGUGUUUCUACUUUGCCGAAUGAUAUGCGAGGUCUCAGUAUCUCAGAUGAUAAUCUUCAUCAAGUACAGCCUGCUCCACCUAGACCUCCCAAGCCACCUCAUCUGGCAGAAAUCCCCCAGCAGAUAUAUCAGAACUUAGAUACAAUCACAAGAACUUCAUUAGUGAGAAAAAACAGUUCAAACAAUGCAGGUCGACCACAACAUGAAAUUCAAUACUUGGAUCUGGACCUUGACCCCGAUGCUCGUCACAGCCCCAAGGUUUCAAAAGGGGCAUCCAAUAAAUGCCCUGUUGGAGCUUCUGCCCCUUCAGUUGUAUACAAGAAAGUUGAUUUCGUGAAAACAGAUGCAUUUAACAAGAUGAGAAUUAAUGUGGAGGAUACUUACAGAAAAAAUCAAUAAUAAAUGAAAAAUUUACUUUGUAGUUGGACAGUUAAGAUUUACAAACCUGUAAAUAAGCUUGAAGAGUCUAUUCUAAAGGAAAUUAAUAUUAAAA